CCCACUAACUUAUUUAACUAAGGCCCAUUAUGUUACAUUAUUUUAGAAUACGUUUUUUUUUAGUAGUUUAUUAAAGUCAAGAACGAUCAUAUAAAAGUCAAUAAUAGUUUAUUAAAUAAAACUCCAAAUUGAGUAGUUUAUAUUCACAAUAUGUAUAAUGCAUCCCACUAAUUGGCUCUACAAUCUAUUAUUAGUAUUCUCUAUCAUUAAACAAUCCUUGCCACAAAGUCGACAUCCUCCCACGAUCUCCUUACACAAAUAAGUCAACUUGACUUUCAUGCAAGUCUUCCCACUUUUCCAUAAAAUAAAAUUAAAAUAAAUAAAUUACAAUUUCAAACCUUUACAUAUUCAAACACUCUAAACAUAUUAAUCUCAUAAACCUUGUAAUAAUUGUGCAUAUACCAAUGGCAGGAUUUACAGGGUUCCCUUUCUCUAACAAUUUUCCAACCCCAUAUGGCUUCUCCACCGCCUCCUCCUCCUCAUCAGCAGCCACUCCUACUAGGCCAUCAUAUGGAUCAUCAUCUUUUUCUUCCCCUUCCCAUUCCUCAGCCACCAAACAAACCAACGACGAAGCAACGAUCAAAUCAAUUGUUGAAGCCGUAGAAAAACUAGAGAAAACCGAGGGAUUUCCUCCAGAAAUAUUGAAACAAAUUAAACAAGAGCUAAAAAAGAUGUACCCUAAUAUAUCUUUUAACUCUACUCAAACUAAUUCUCAAGGAUCGGAGGGUUUUACUACUACUAAUAAUAAUAAUAAUUACACUUUUGCUAACAAUAAUAACUUAUUUAUUAAUAGCCAACAAGAGUUUUACAAUAAUUAUCUUGCUAGUUUUCAACAUCAUUUGAUGAGUGAUCAACUUCAGAUGGCUCAGGCUCAGGCUCAGGCUCAGGCUCAGGCUAAAAUGAUGCAACAAUACUACAUGAGUAUGUUAGGAAUUACAGGAACAACGCCGGGAAUAAGUCCUAAUUUUUAUGGUAAUACUUACCCAAGUUACCAUAGUAACAUUAAUGUGCCUCAAAAUGGUGGUACAACUUCAACAGUCGCGAAUAUGGUGAAGAUGAUGCUUGAGAUGAUGGGGAAUGGUACCGGUGGAUUAACUGGCAGCGCCGCUGCCAUUGGAGGGAUCGGAGCCACUGGUUUUGGAAGUGAAGGUUUUAGCGCCCUCAGUUUCCUUGGCGGCAUUCUUGGUGGCUUUGGCUUAUGAUUUACUUUUAUGGGAAAUUUUAAAUGUCAUUUCUUUUUUCUCUCUUAGAGGGCCAAGAUUAAAACUAAUUACAAUAACUACAAUUUUAUUGUAGCUAUUGAAUAGUCUUCCCUUCAUUCAAGAUAGAUACUAUUACUUAAUUUGAAUUUCCAUAAAUUAAAUUUUCUUGGAAAUUAUACAAUGUUAUUGUUAUCUUUUGAAAUGGAAGGUGUGUUAACUUUUGUUAGUCUCAAAUUUAUAUAUUUUUUUGGCUCGAAUAUGUGACUUAUUAAAGUUUGAUGAUUUUCAUAAAUCUCUCUUACAG